UUGUCACUCACUCCACUCCACUCCACUACUUCACUCACUCAUCAACAUUUAAAUCAAAACUUCUACAAAAUAUACCAUUCUUUCAGCAUCUGUCCUAUUUCUUACACGGCGAUCAUCUUCUUCCUUACACUUUGCCACGUUAAUCAAAACCCAUUUACAGAUGGCACUAUGCAUGGAAACCCCAUAUUCUCACUACCCAUUUGAUUACUUAUAUAAACACCAUCAUUUAACCCAGUUAAUUCAUCAACCAAAGCAGUGCACACCAACUGUUUGAUAAAAAGCCCAGCUGAAAAAAUAUACAUAAUAAGAGAGUUAAAGUAGUAAGAAAAAGAUGGGGUUGUUGAAAGGGAAAGUGUCUGUAAUUCUGCUGGUGUUUUCUCUGCUGGUAGUGUUAUGCGCUAGUCUCUCUGUAUCCAAGGAAGAUCAACAGCUGAGACUAUGCAAGGAACACUGCAGGCAGCAGAGGCAGCUUGACAGCAGACAGAGGCAUCAGUGUGAGACUGCCUGUGAGGAGUACAUCAGAGAGAAGGAGAGGAGAGAGCAGAGGGAUGAGCCGCAGUCGCGGCACGACCCCGGAAAGGAGUACAGAGAGUGCAGGCAGAGGUGCCAGGAGGAGAAGGAGGGUAAGAGACAGGAGCAGGUCUGCGAGAGCGAAUGCGAGCAGAGGAAGAUAGAGCAGGAGAGGGAGAUUAGGAGGAGGAGAGAUGAGGAUGAUGAGAUUGUAGGAAGGAAGAAGGAGAGAAGCGAAGACGAGGAAGAAGAAGAGGAAGAGAGCAGUGGUAAAGGUAGGCCUUAUGUGUUUGAUGAUCAACAUUGGAGUACAAAACUAAAGGCAGAAGAAGGGAGAGUGAGAGUUCUUCAGAAGUUUACAAAAAGGUCUAAACUUUUUAAAGGGAUUGAGAAUUUUAGGGUGUUGAUCUUUGAGGCUAAUCCUCAGACUUUUGUUGUUCCUAAUCACUGGGAUGCUGAUGUUGUCCUCUUUGUUGCCCAAGGAAAGGGUACCGUGAGUCUAGUUUACACAGACAGAAGGGAGAGCUUCAAUAUAGAACGUGGUCAUGUGAUGGUGAUACCCGCUGGAGUGACUGCAUAUUUGAUCAACAGAGGAAACAAUGACAAAUUAAUCUUGGUCAAGCUCAUCAAUCCUGUUUCGAACAUCGGAAAGUUUGAGUCAUUCUUCGGGCCAGGAGGUGACAACCCAGAAUCAUAUUUCAACGCCUUCAGCUCUGACAUACUCCAAGCAGCCUUCAAGACAUCAGAGGAUAGCCUGAAGAGGAUAUUCUCGCAGCAGAGAGAAGGAGCUAUAAUAAAGGCAUCUGAGGAACAAAUCAGGGCUUUGACCCAUGAAAAAGGCAGCCACUGGCCUUUUGGAGGGAAGGGUUCAAGGGGUUCAGGCCCAUUUCAUCUCUUAAGGCAGAAUCCUAGAGAAUCUAAUGACUUUGGGUCACUCUUUGAAGUUGACUCGAACGACUACCGACAACUCCGAGACCUCAAUGUUGCGGUUGCCUUUGCCAACAUCACUCAGGGAUCCAUGCACACUCCAUACUACAACUCAAGGGCCACAAAGAUAGCAGUGGUGCUAAAUGGAAAAGGCUACUUUGAGAUGGCUUGUCCUCAUGUAUCUAAGUCUGGCCACAAGCAGCAGCACCACCACCACCACAAUGAGAAAAGCAGGCGAGGCGAAGAGGAGACAUCCCCGGUCCACUAUGAGAAGAUCAACUCAGAGCUCAGAGAAGGCUCGGUGUUUGUAGUCCCUCCUGCUCACCCCUUCGUCACUGUAGCUUCUGAGGAUGAAAACUUAGAGGUCAUUUGCUUCGAGAUCAAUGCCGAGAACAACCAUAAAUUCCCACUAGCAGGACAAAGGAAUAUACUGAAGAACAUUGAGAAGGAGGCAAAGGAGUUGGCCUUCGCAACCUCAGCAGAGGAGGUGGAUGAGGUGUUUAGGAGUCAAGAGGAGGAGUUCUUCUUCAAAGGGCCGAGGCAGCAAGAGCAUCGCCGAGGCUACUCCAUCAUCUAAGAUGCCGGAAAGAGUCUGACUCCGAGACUGAGGCUAAGGCUAAGGAAUGAGACCUAACCAAUCCCGAGUUUUGAAAGCUGUUUGGUUUUGUAGAGGGUAAAAAAGAUCCGUUCUUGUUGUGUAAUUUAGUUUUCCUGUAUAGUUCUUCUUGUGUAAAUACCCUCCUCAUAAGUGUAACAGCCGAAGUUAACCAAGCUUUGUUACAUAAAUAAUAGUAUGAGGAGGUGAACUCAGGUGGUAAUAAAAUGUACUACCAGUUUUUGUUGUGCAA